AUGACUUAAAAACUUAUUACAAUUUUAACAUUCUCUGCUCUAAUUUUUUCUUGCUUUGUACAAGGUAAGAUUGAAGUUUAAAAUGAGAAUUUAGAUGAAAUUAUAAAAAAUAUUUAUCAAAAUCUCUAAAAAAACCUCUUUACAAGUGACUAAAACUUUAAACUUUUUCCUUUUCAGCAUGAAACCUAAUAAGGAAUUUAUAAAUCUGACAUAAAGCUAAACUUAAUAGAUCAGACCAAUUCAUACUUUACUCACUUAUUCAGAUAAAAAUUUGGAGUUAUCGAUAAUAAUAUGUUUGUGACAAACUUUAUCCUUUUAGGUUUAAUAGAAGCAUCAGAAUUAGGAUAUCUUGAACUUGACAUGAAAAUAUUUGAGUAAAAUAUUGAAGCCCUAUUAAAAUUCUAAGACAAAAAUUAUGCUCCAAAUGUACCAAUCUACAACUUCUGGACUCAGAUAUAAGUUGAUGGAGUAUGGUAAAGCUCACCUCGUAAUUUAGAAGGAAUUAUGAACGUAUAUAACAAGCUACCCAACUUCAUUUAAAAAAUAGUUGAGUUUUUUGGUUAUAAACCGAGUGAAAUGGUUUAAAUGGUGAAUGCCCUCAGAAUACCUUCAGAUAAUGAUGACAGUGGAUGUAACUUAGCUUUAGGUGCUACUUUAAGAGAAAUUUAAGGUAAGUACUCAACACUCUCUAACAAAUGGGAUUAGUCUAACAAUGACUACAAAACAUUUUAUCAAGUUGUUAAAAAAUAUGCUUACAGACCUUUCGAUACCAACCAUACUUCAAAAUAUGGGACAGACCUAUCAAAUAACAUAGAUCCAAGAACUUUUUAUUACUUAAAGGGAUUUUUAGAUCAAAACUAAAAUACUACAAUUGUAUUAUUUACUACAUGGCUCAUUAACUAAUAAAAUGAAAUAGGAUAUUAAAUGAGCUAGCCUUUCCAUACAAAUAAUGUUGAUCUUACAGUAAAUGCUAAUGCCAUAUUUGGACUUAAUUCAGUUCUUUCAACUAUCUCUAAAGAAGAAGCAGAUGAACUAUUUUUAGAAGAUGAGGAUCUUCGAACUCUCUACAGAAAUUCAACCAAGCUAUUAGAGUAUGGUAUUAACUCUAGAAUAGUCUUAGAUAGAGUUGAUUUAGCUCUAACAUAUUAUCCAUCUGAAUAUAAUUUCUAUUUUUAUGUUGCAAGAAAUGUCCACUUUUUACGUUUUGUAAAAGAAAAAAAUAAUGGAACACUCCCUUAUCCUGAUAUGGAAUUUUGCCUUUAAACUUUAGAAAAUUCUAUGAUUGGAAAAGGUCUUGAUUAACUUUUAGAGUUAGCUCAUGAGUCAGAUUCUGAAGUUUACUGGGAGAGUUUUCUCGGAAAUUACGCUAAUAUUACAAGACACGAAGAUAGACUAUACUCAACUGUAGCAGCAACUAAUGCGCUUUUAGAUACAUUUACAUCUAGCUCUAGUAAUAGAAAAUAAAGAAAAUGGAUUCUAAACACUCCUGUAAAAGUAAAAUUAAUUUUAGAGAAAGCAAUUAGUUUUAUUUCUCGUGUCUACAGUGAUCCAAAUACUUCUUAUGAUAAUGCCUUCUUUUCUGGAAGUGUUAAAGGAUUAGAUUCACUUCCAUUUUUUUAUCCUUUCAAUGAAGUUAGAUAUUUAUCUAACAAUCAAACAAUUGAUCCUCAAAAUCAAGAUUUUAGUGCAAUAAACCAAGAUUUAUUAGCAGUUGUUAAAGGCUAUAUUCCUGACGAAGAAUACUAAAAGUUGCUUAACCUUAAGUGGUUUACCAAAGAAGUGCCUCAAAAUUUUACUGGUUUUAAUGCCCCCAAAGAUGGUUUUCCCUACUGGUCUUCUGAAGCCAUUACCUAGGUUUUCAUUAUUUAAUCACUUGCAAAAUAUUAGUCUGUUUUAAAAAAUGAAAAUUGA